AUUUCCAACAAAUGCACCGUUGCCGACUCGGUAUCUGCUGUGUUGGGAACAAUAUUUUUAGAGUGGGCUCUUUUCUUCAAACGCCUUAUCGAAGACAGUUGUACAUGCGAAAUUAGAUGUGUGCAUUUAACGUGUAUAAAUUUUGAAUAAAGCAGCAAGGUAAAUCCUUACCUUGGUGGAGCGGGAUUGGACAGAACCACUCUCUUUUACACAGGAAAUUUCGAAUCGCUUGGAAACGGCAUUAAGAGAAAACGAGGUUCUAUAAGAAUCCUGAAACAUUCGAAAAGUAUUAGUGCGACCGAAAGCGCCAAUACCGACUCAGUGUUCACAGCCAUCCAAGGCAUGCCUAGGUCUUCAGUGCAGGAUGCAAAAAUUCUCUUGAAAGUACGUGUUCUGUGAAAACUCAGAAAUCAAAGCAAUCGGAGUUCAGAUAGAUUGUAAACUGUUCUAUAAAGUCCGCAAAAGCGUUUAGAGCGGCGGUAAUAAAGAAGGCCAAAAGAGUUUCAUGAAGAUCCUUCUGUAAAGGCGAAGAAGGGGAUUACGAAUCCUAAAGGUUUAGGCGCAUUCACGUCAAAACGCUAUUUCCUUGGGUUAUCUUAGAAGUGUGGAAGGUGACUGGACUUCGAGCAGCAAGGAAGGGGCCCGCGGACUUUAGAACGGCGAUAUAGCUUUCUUGGAUCUUCUAGACGAGCAUGAUCUCACAUGAGCUUUAAAUUCGUUCAAAUCAUUCAAGUACCGGAACCUGAUGACAUCAUACCUGUGCAACUUCAGCGGACGGUAAAGGUGUCAUUAAGCUAUUUGACCCACAUCUACACGAACUGUGUAUGAAGAUCACAUUCCCAGGAGGUGGAGACAGCCGGUGGUGUGCUUAUCUGUUAGUACAUACAAAUCGCUGCAGUAGGAUGGACGAUGCUAAAAGUAUGAGCUCAUUUACCGCAACGGAAUACGACAAUGAUGAACUAGUGCCGCCGCAAUGGUUGAACAAUGGCUUCUUCGAGCAUGUCUUGCAGCCCCAAAACAGCGGAGAAAUUUGUCAAAUAACAAAUAUGGAAAUUCAGCCAGCAACCAAAAAAGGUGAACACUAUGCCAGUGCCAUGUUCCGAGUUAAGGUGACGUUUAUUUUGUCCGGCGACUGUGAUGCCACACAAUGCCAGCAAACUAAGUCAUUUAUUGUCAAAGCGCUACCGGAGUUGGCGGGUGAGAAGCAGCGUUUGCUGGAGAACUCAAAGCUUUUCGAAACCGAAAUCGGCAUUUAUAACGAUGUCUUGCCCAAACUGGUGGAGAAGCUGCGCUUGGCAGGCGAGUGCAUACGAUUUGGCGCAGAUUGCCUGCAUCAUGCUCUGAUGCCCAACAAGGUAUUGGUUUUUGACGAUCUAAAGCAGCUAGGCUACGAAAUCGUUCGCAAUCGUGCAUUGACUUUGAGCGAAAUAAAAGCAGGCUAUCUCAAGUUAGCCAAGUGGCAUGCGGCAAGCUAUAAAUUGGCGAACGAGCAACCCAAAAGUUUUGAAACAUAUGCUGAUAGUUUCAUGACCCUACCGUAUGUCGUCAACAGCUCAUUCAUAUCUGGCGGUAUCAAGAACUUUAUCGAUAUGCUCGAUACGGUGUCGUCGUUAAGCAUGUACAAAAGUUACUUCCAGCUCCUGCAGUCCGACUGGGCUACCAAAUGUCGUGCAACGUAUACCGAGUAUUUUUCUAAUCGUCAACUACAAACCUGGUAUGGCAUCUGCCAUGGAGAUUUGCUCGCCAAUAAUCUGAUGUUCCGACAUGAUUCUCUUACUAGCGAAUUGGAGGAUGUAUUGCUCGUGGACUACCAGCUCGCUUAUAUGGGACCUUUAGUCAACGAUCUCAUAUAUUCUUACUUUAUGCUCUAUACGCCGGAGCAACGCGCCAGCAAUCAUGACGAACUUUUUGAGUAUUAUUUCAGACAUUUUGUUCAAACUUUGGAGUUACUUGGAUGUCAAACAGAACUGUUAACCUUUGAGAGUUUCCAGCAACAACUGAAGAGACAGAGAGCUUUAGCACUAUUUCUCUUAGUCAGCUUCCUGCCCAUACGCUAUGCAUUGCGCGCUGGUUUAAUAGACAGAGAUCACUUGAUGGCCACCGACGAGGAACGUCGCGACCUCUACUAUGACAAAAAUUACAUCGCAGAGUUGCACACCAUUCUACCAAUGUAUUUACAAUUAGGUUAUUUAAAUGCAAAGCAAUUUAAACGAACGGCGCAUUACUACUUCUCUUCGCCUAAAGUGCACCGGCAUACGAACGUAGCUCCGCGUAUACAAAAUUUGCAUUCCAUAAACUGCAUUGAAAUGGCAACUAGCGAGAAAAACAGUGAGGAUCACCUUACUUCACCGGAGUGGUUGAACGUGGCAUUUUUCGAAAAUAUUCUAAAACAAGUCGAAGCUGAAAUCGCGAAGGUGACCAAUUUAGAGCUGAAACCGGGCACAUUGCAAAACGAUAACUACGCUAGUAUUUUGUACCGAGCCAAAGUCAACUACACACUGCAAUCGCAGCCAAAGCAAGAGAAGACCUCCUCGUUCAUAUUAAAAGUCAAACCUUUCGUAGAAGGCGUUAAGAAAGAAAUGCUUGGCGAUAUGCAUUUAUUCCAAACUGAAACACUCAUGUAUACUAAAGUGUUGCCAAAGAUCGAGAAGGUGCUAAGGCAAUAUGGCGACCAGACCAUUUUGGCACCAAAGCUCAUCGCCAGCAGCGCCAGCCCCACGCAGACAUAUGUGAUGUUUGACGAUUUAACACUACAAGGUUACACCACUGUUGGAACUCGGCACAUAGAUUUGGAUGAAGGGAAAAUUGCCAUGCUCAAACUAGCAAAACUGCAUGCGAUCAGUUAUAAAUUGAAUAAAGAGGAGGCAAAUGCUGUCAUCACUUCCUUGGACAAGGGUUCAAUGAAUUCUAUUGACCUCGAAAAGUUUCCAUUUAUUAAGCAUGGCAUUAGAUUGCUCAAAGAAGUCCUAAGUGAACACAUUGAUCUAAAACAAUUUGUGUCACACAUAGAGUCGGUCGAGCAUUUACUACUGCCAAAAACGCUCGAGUUGUUUAACGCGCACAGCAAUGGUAAGCGAGAUGGCAUAUUAGUGGUUAACCAUGGUGACUUUCAUUUGAAGAACAUGAUGAUCCAAAAAGUUGAUGGCAAACUAACUGAUCUUAUGCUGUUUGAUUAUCAGAUCAGCAUAUUUGGGUCGCCGGCAAUUGAUCUGCAUUAUGCGUUCACGAUGAUGUUUAGCCCCGAAAUGCGGCGUGAUCACUACGAUGAGCUCCUUAACUUUUAUAUCAGCAAUUUUCAGCAGACGCUACGCAAAACGGAAUUCAAAGGACAUAUACCGACGGAUAUUGAAAUUCGACAAGAAUUGAAAAAGCAUAAAUAUUGGCAACUGUUUUUAUUCCUGACCUUUCUAAAAAUCAACCAUGCUUUGGUCGAAGAAGAUGCAGACCUAGCAGGGAUCAUUGAAAAUCCAGUGGCACAAAAACAAAGUUUACAAAAUCCAAAAUUACUGAAAGAGUUACGAGAGCUGUUGCCGAGAUUUCUGGAAAGUGGUUAUUUCGAAUUAGAGUAAUACUUAAAAAUAUAUAUUACAUUAUUUCUUACUGUUAUCUUUAAACGUUGUUCUUAUUGCAAAAUGUGUAUCCAGUUUUAGCAAUCUAUGAAUAUAUUUGUGUGUGUAAUGUGCGAGAUAUAAAUAAAAAAGAUUCUGUGGUUCAUA